AUGUCUGAAUCUGCCACUCCGGAACACGGUAACAAUGCGUUGAAGCGUAAGAAUGAAGAUUUGAAUAAUGAUGUUGAGGAUUCGGAAAACCCAACUUCACAUAACAAAAGGAUCGCCUUAGAUAGCGAGCAAUUGGAGAAGGAAGAAGCUUCUAGUGAAGUAAUUGGUUCAAAAGGUGAAACACCUGGUAAAAACCAGGUGCGGUUUGAUGAUGAGGAAAACGAUGAGCCCCACGAUGAGCAAAAUGAAGAGCACGAGGAUGAGCAAAACGAUGAGCCAAAAGAUGAAGAUAAGGGCGAGCUAAAAUAUGAUCAAACUGAUAACCAUAAUAAUGGAGAAAAAGAAGAGGAUGAGGAGCCUAAAUUCAACGCAGUUACGGACAACAAUGAAGAAAAUUCCAAGGCAAAGACAGUUCUGCAAGAUGAGGUUGAAAAGUUUUUAGAAGAAGCCGCCCUUUUAUCCAAGCUAAGCCAGCCACAACCGGAGCCACAGCAACAUCUUGAAGAAUCUGCCCAGGCCACAUCAAACCCCGUAGCAAGUCAAAAGGAUUAUGAACUGGACCCAUCGUAUGUGUCUUUUAGAAUGUAUUGCCCCGUCAAAGAAGCUAGCACCGUUGUCGGAAAACAGGGAGCCAAAAUUAACCAUUUAAGAGAAAAAGCUGAUGUUAAAAUACAAAUAAGCGACAACUUGAGAGGAGUCCCAGAGAGAAUCAUCACAGUCAGGGGUACGGCGGAAAAUGUUGCAAGAGCGUUUGGACUUAUUGUUAGAACUAUAUUGGGCGAACCCGAAGACGUGCCUGCAAAUUUGAGCAGUCAGCAAUACAAUUUGAAAUUGCUAGUCCCAAAUGCCAUUAUUGGUUACAUAAUUGGCAAACAGGGUUUAAAGUUUAGAGAAAUUGAGGAGAACUCAGCAGCGAAAUUGAAAGCUGCAGAACAACCGUUACCACAUUCCACCGAUCGUGUUCUCAGUGUUUUGGGUGUGGCUGAUGCUAUUCACAUCGCUGUCUACUUUAUAGCCGAAGUGGUGAUUGAGCACAAGGAUGUAUUAAAAAAGGGUAGAGUUAUUUUAUACAAUCCCGCAAACCACCAGCAUGAGGAAAACCAACAUGGUGGAAAUCAACAGCAGCAACAACAACAGCAGCAUCACCAGCAACAGCAUCAUCAGUCACGCUUCCCAAGUAUUCCACAAAUCGGGGCACCUCCAUCAAAUCAAUAUGGUAGCCCCAUAGGAUAUCAGAAGCCAUUUCCAUCGGAUAGUCCUCAUCAACCUCAGUCACAUCAACCAUAUAAUUUUUCAAUGAUGUUUCAGCCUUCUGUUCCUCCACAGCAACAAUAUGGUAUACCACAACAGAUGGCACCACCACCACCACCAGUAUCUCAAGGUGUCCCUCCUCAAAGUCAAUAUACAGAUGAGUAUAAUAACACGAUGAUAGGAGAAGUGAUAAUAAAGGAACCGGUCCUUGCUGGUGACAAAUACAACCAGGAUGUCUUUGUGGCCAAUUCGCUGAUUGGAUCAGUUAUUGGUAAAGGUGGAAACAAUAUCAAACACAUCCGGGAAAACAGUGGAUGCUCAUAUGUUAAAAUCGAACCAGAUAGAGGACAAUCUAUUAUGUUGGGCGGAGGCAGGGGCUUGACUAAUAUUAGAAGGCUAACCUUGACAGGGUCAUUGGAAUCUUUUCAAAAGGCAAUUUAUUUGAUUAACCAAAGAAUAAAUGCCGAUAGAGAAAGGAACUCAAGAUAA